AUGGUACGUUCGCACUUGCGAUUAUUAGGUCGCUUUAAAAUAGCCAUUAAUGAGUUUUGCCCUGAUAUAAAUGAACUAAAGCAAAUUUUCAAGCCGCAAUUCUUCGACGCUUGUAUAAAAGCUUUGCGAAAAGUAGCUAAUUGGGAUAAUAGCUUAAUGUGGUUUAAAACUCCUGCGGUAGCACAGCACUUAACUUCACUAAUAAAAAAAUGUGGAUACAAGCAAAGGACAGAGUUAAUAAAAAUACAGGAUGAAGAUUUAAAAAAGGAUUUGGACGAUUUUUUACUUUUGUGGGAGGAAGAAAUACCCACCCUUAUAAACAAAAAGGCAUGUGAGGAUCAGGCAAACCAAAAACGAAAUAAAAAAACUGUUUUGCCCUCCAGAGAAGAUAUAAAGAAAUUAUAUUUAUACUUGAAAAAUAAAAUAAUUGAAGAAAUUAAAGUUUUGGAAAAAAAAUUUUCGUACCAAUCGUGGAUGGAGCUAGUUAAAUCUACUCUGAUUUUUAUUCAAAUCUUCAAUAGGAGAAGAGCGGGUGAAAUCGAGCGAUUGACACUCUCUAAUUAUAAAAAUAAAGAUGGUAUAACUGGAAAUAUAGAAGAAGAUAUUUUAACGACUAUAUCAGAAGAAUCUCUAGAUUUUGCUAAACAAUUUGUUCGAAUUUCCAUCAGAGGGAAGUUGGGAAGAACGGUGAGUGUGUUGUUAAACCCGCUAUGUGUUCAAGCCAUUGAAGAGAUAAUAAAUCAUAGAGAGGCUGCAGGGAUAACUUCUAGCAAUGAAUACAUUUUUUGUAAAAGGAGCACAUCAACUUUAUCCAAGGAAUAUUUUCGGGCUUGUCCACUUUUAAAACAAUUUUCAAUGGAAUGUGGUGCAAGGAUACCAGAAAGUUUAAGAGGUACCACAUUACGAAAACAUAUAGCAACACAUACAUCCCUGCUAAAUGUAGAAGAAGCUUCUGUAGACAGAUUAGCCAAUUUCAUGGGACAUCAUAAAGAUAUCCACAAAAAUUUUUAUAGAAUGUCAGUUCCAGUAUCGGAAAUAACAUGUGUUUCUAAGUUAUUGAUGAACGCCAUUGGAGAAGAAAAUGAAGAGGGUGAUGAAGUGUUUGAAAAUAUGGUUGACGAGGAGGGGGAGCUUGAGACAAGAACUGAAUUUAACUCAAAUAGUUAUAUAGAUUCUAAUAAAUCCGAAGCUUCAGACGAGAGUAGUAUGUCAGAAGAAGUACCUAAGAAGAAGAAGAAAAGAAGAAGUACAUCACCUUUUGGAACAACCAAACGUUCCCGAUGGUCUCAAGAGGAAAGGGACGCAAUUAACUCCUGUUUUGGAUGUUUGAGAGAUUUGGAAAAACUUCCUAGCCUUACAGAGUGUAUUCAUGCUAUUAUCAAAUGUCCUGUCCUAAAAAAUAGAACUCCUGCCCAAAUUAAAACGUGGAUCGAUAAUCAGAGGAGAUACAAAUAAGCAUUUUUUUCAUACAGCGUUCCAAAAAUACUAAAAUCAUUGGCCGAUUACCUGUUUGUAUGGAGGAGUAAUAAAGAAUCAAUGUUGUUCUACAACAAAAAUAUUCCAAAAUUCGUGAUUUAAUAUUUAUAUAUUUAUAUUAUACAAUUAAAUACAAUAAUUAACAUUUAAAAUUUAAUUAAAUUAAAUAAUUAAAAUUUAACUGAAAUAGGCGUUGGGAAUAAUAAUAGAAACAAGUUAUUGUAAUGGAUUGGUUAUGUAAGAAAAUAUUUAAAAAAUAUUUCUUUUUAAAUUUUUUCAAUAGAAAUGUAUUUCUGAAAGUUAAAUAGACUUUUUGCUUAAUUUUUUCGUAUUUAAGUUGGUUUUAUGAGCAUUUUAUUGUUUAUCUGAAACCUGCACUACUUAACAAUUCGAACACAUUAGAAUGGGUAAAAAUUUAAUUAAACAUCAAGGUAUUUUGAUGAAAUGUCAAAAAUAUGCUAAAAUAAGUAAAAUUAAAUACAAAAAGGCCAAUAAGCAUCGAAAAUUCAAAACAAAUAAUAACGCAAUAGAUGGUUUAGAAUUUGGGAUUAAUAUCAUCUUAGAAACGAUAUAUUCUAUUAUAUUAAAAUUUAAAAUCAAUAUAAAACCAAAAUAUUUGAAAAAGUUUUCAUUUGAUUAUAUUUUUUAGAAGUCUAAUAAGCCUUUUUUUAUAAAAAAGGAAUGAAAAAAUUUUUUUUGUCGGAUUUUAUACCAUAUAAAAAAUGGUUUCUAUAUUGAUAUUAAUUUCCAAUAUUUAGUCCCCUAUGACAUUUUGAUACGUUAAGAAUUUUCGAUACUUAUUUGCCUUUUUUGUAUUAAAUUUAACUUAUUUUAAACUUUUUAUUAAAAUGCCAUUAUAUAAAGUUCAUUUUUAUUCGUUCUAAAGUGUUUGAAUUGUUACGUAGUGUAAAAUUGGCUAAUAUUUUCUCUGAAAAUUGGUAAGUUUUCGAUAUCUAUAUAUGGGCCUAAAAGAAAUGAAAAACAAAUAUUUUUUAAAUAUUUUGUUCCAUACCAAAUGCAUUAUAAUAACAUGUUUCUAUUAUUUUUUCCAAGGCCUAUUUGAGUUAAAUUUAAAUAAAAAUUUCCCGAGUCCAAAAAGCUAUAAUAUCUGAGUAGCAAAAGAAAGUAUACAUAAAUAGCUAUCAUUUGAGAUAUUGAUCAUCAAAUUCUACCAAAAAGUUUGGCAGAAAAUAGAAUUUCUAAUGAAACAUUUUUUUUCUAUUAUUUUGCCGGCACUGUAUUUUACCGAAGUCAUAACUGUUACGGUCCCUAAUUGUUUUAUAAUAAGAAUACACAAUAGUAAUCCAAGUCUGAAAGGCUUUAGUUUACAAAAAGCUUUAUCUUUCUAAUUUUAUGUUAAGAACUUUGUAACAAAUUUUUAAUUGGUAUACAUUAAAAGUAUUAUUUUUAUA